ACCGAGCACAAGCAGGGGAGGGGCAGAGAGAGAAGGAGAUGCAGAAUCUGAAGCAGGCUCCCGGCUCUGAGCUGUCAGCACAGAGCCCGACACGAGGCUUGAACUCAUGAACUGUGAGAUCGUGACCUGAGCUAAAAUUGGAAGCUUAACUGACUGAGCCCCCCCGGGCGUCCCCAUGAAUUCUCAUUUCUAUUUAAAAUUUCUUACACGUGAACAGUGUUUCGCACUUUACAAAGUGUUUUCGUGUAUAGUUUAUCAUUUGAUGCCCAAGGUGACCUUCCUGAAGUCGGCAAGGAGGUCUUAAUUUACAAAGGAGCAAAUAGAAAUCGAAAUUGAGGAAGGAUCAGUCAGCUGCAUCCCAGUCCAGAGUUCUUAAUCCUUUUUUUACAGAAGGUUUAGGAGACUUUAAAAUCAAUAAUAACUUAAUGCAACAUAAUUUUUUUUUUUUUGACUUGGUAUUUGAUCUCCUACUUGGUCAGAUUUAACUGAGGUUUUGAAGCUCGUUAAUUUGGAUCCCACACCUUGGAGAGGAGGAGCAGGGGUAAGGAAGAAUGUAGCUUCACUACGCAUUUGAUGUCAUUUGGAAAUUCGCUUCAGCUCCUGAAGUCUCUUCCCGAGAGGGUGGAUUGAAAUUCAUUACAAGGGCCUGAGAAGAACGGAGACUCGUGAAAUAGUCACUAACAAGAGCAAGUAAAGUAGCGAAGUUGGGACUUUUUUCCUGCCUUGUGGCCUCGCCCCUUCGCAAGGACUGGACUUGUGUUGAGUUGCAGUGUUUCGCCGACAGUGGGUGCUGCGCCCUGUCUUGUGACAUUGAACGCUAUCUCGUGUCAAAGGAAGUAAGCUGUGAUGUCAUAGAGGAUUCACUUGGAACUCUGCGGGGUGCUGGCUGACGGUGAUGAGAUGCCCACCGAGACAUGAAGAUUUCAGCUGCUGGUCUCAUCCUUGGGAGCCUGGUGUUCGCCUUCUCUCUGCCCUUGGUGGUGGCUUUGCCAAAAACACUGGCCAUCCCUAAGAAGCUGCAAGAAGCCGUGGGGAAGGUCGUUGUCAAUGCCACAACCUGUACUGUCACCUGUGGCCUUGGCUACAAGGAAGAGACAGUCUGCAAGGUGGGCCCUGAUGGUGUGAGAAGAGAGUGUAAAUCUCAGCGCUUGGAAUGUCUGACCAACUGGAUCUGUGGAAUGCUCCAUUUCACCAUUCCCAAAGGGAAGGGAUUUGAGCUCAGCUGUCUGAGUUCAGACAUCCUGGAGAUUGGGCAGGAAGCAUUCCGGUUCACCUGGAGACUCGCCCGGGGUAUCAUCUCUACUGAUGAUGAGAUCUUCAAACCCUUCCGAGCCAGUACCUACUUUGUGAGGUUUCCCUCUGUUCAGGAGUACGACUCUGGGACAUACCGGUGUGAUGUGCAGCUGUUAAAAAACUUGAGACCUGUCAAGAGACUCUAUUUUGGGCUGCGGGUCCUUCCCCCUGACUUGGUGAACCUGAAUUUCCAUCAAUCCCUUACUGAGGAUCAGAAGUUAGUUGAUAAGGGCCUGGAAGUGAAUCUAGACAACCAGUCCGAGCCCCACCGCCCACGGUGGAAGAAGAAGGUGGCUGUAGCCUUGGGAAUAGGAGUUGUCGGUGGAGUGGCUGGUGGUGUAUUGAUGGCCAUUGCUCUGGGCUUUGGGCUGAGGGUGGUCUAUAGAAGUGCUGGCCUUGAGUCCUUAAAAGCCCUGAAGGACUGGCUGCCCAGGACCCUGGACUGGCUGUUUAGGAAGCCAAGCUAGCUCUUCAAAGGAUUGUCUGGCUGAGUGAUUGUGGCUCAGCCAGGAGGGAGGGCUUCCACUGCCAAAAGUGAGUGGGGCCCGGGGACAGGGGCAACACCAUGGUAGGGUGAUGGGCAAUGCUCUGCCUCUCCGUGUCCCAGGUGGAUCUCUUCCUGAUCUUUCCUGCCCACGUGGCACCUGGGAAGCCCGAGUGUAGGCCCCUCCCCUGUCCCGGGAAGAAGAUUCUGUCUUCAAGCUCGCAGUCAUUAUCUUUCACAAUUUGAGGCCUCUCUACCUCCAUCCCUUCCUCUGAGUGGUAUAAUCACAUAAAGGAUAUAUUAAUAGCUUUUCUAGUGGAAACCUUUUUUUCCUCUUCAAUAAAAAUAACUCACAGUGGCUGUGUAUAGACCUGACCUUCUCUGCUCUUCAGUAAAAAUCUCCUGCAUAUGUGUAAGUUGUCCCAUAAUCAACCUAGCUCUCCUCUUUCUUAGAUUUCUUAGACAUUGAGCACAUUGCUUUGGAGGACGGCAUAUGCCCAUGUGUGGCCAAGCCAAGGCAAUUAGUAAUGGCAUCUGACCCGGGUAUGUAACAGCCACUCAAUACAUUGCUCCUUCUCUACGCCCCCGGUGAACCCUCUGUGUUCAGUGUUAAAGACUCCUGGUAAAACGCUGGACCCUUCACCUGGUAGGUUUCCCCUGAACAAGUUCCUUGGCUUGCCUCCUGCUCCUGUUCUUCUAGCUCUUGCAGUGCCCUGACGUGUGUGUUCCUGGAAAGGUCAAGUGUAUUGGUUUCUUCCAGCAGCCAAGGCUGUCCAAGGAGGGACUAAGAGCUUCCUACCUCCGUAGGAAAUAAAUCCUAAGACCCUCAGAGACCAUUGAGGCAGUGUGAGGUAAUUAGCUGAUGGAAUUGUCGGGGAAGAGGCUCAGCCACCCCCUGAGCUCAUUCUGAGAGAAUUAGAGCAUUUCUUCUCACUUUUCUCUAGCUGCAGACAUGGUAGCAGAUACGAAGACUUGGACUAGUGGUUCUCUUCUCUAGCUGUGUGUCUGAAUCACCUGGAUAAACUUUUGAAACAUAAGAUUCCUGAGCCCCAACCCUGAGGAUGCUAACUCAGUUAAAAUUAUGGCUAAUGGCUCAUUAUUAUUCUAUUAAAAACAAUUUCAGGGGCACCUGGCUGGCUCCGUCGGUAGAGCGUGUGACUCUUGGUGUCGGGGUCAUGAGUUUGAGUCCCAUGGUUUAGCUUAAGUAAAAGAAAAAAAAACGUUAAAAAAUAAUUUCCACGCCAUAGAAAAGUGGAAAGAAAAGUUUGAUGACAACCCAUAGAUCCUCUGCUUAGAUUCACCAACUGUGAAUGUUUUGCUACAUCUAUCUUUCUGAAUAGAUGCUGAUUUUACUGAACACUUGGAAGUUAGGCACAGACAUUGUGACCCUUUACUCCUAGAUCGUGUAUGCAUCUGCUAAUAAAGAUUCUUCUGUACAACUGCAACAUCUUCACACCUAAGAAAGUGAACAAUUCCCUAAUCUUGCGUAUGGUUGUUAAUUCUCUGUCUUGCCCAACUUCUAAAAUCUGAUAGCCUUUUAACGUUUGAUCCAGGAUCGAAUGAAGGUCCACAUAUUACCUUUGGUUGUUUCUCUUAAGUCUAGUUUUACAACAGACCUCCUGGGUUUUUUGUUGCUGUUUUGCAUGACGUUGAUCUCAUUGAAAAGUCUAGCUGGGCCGAUUGUCCUGGAUAGUGCCCCACAGUCCGGGUUUGUCGUCAUUGUCACAUGACCGGAUUGCGGAGGAAUGGAUCUUCAACAUUUUUUGAUGACAGCUCCACACAAAUGAUGUCCACUGCUCACCACAGGUGCACGGUGUCGGGUGAUUCGUUACCGAUACGAUACGCAUGACGAUUUGGUUAAGGUGGUGACUGCCCGGUCUCUCCAAAGGUGUAUUUUUUUUUUUUUUUUCCUCUUGUAAUCACUUAUUUGUGGAACAAUACUUUGUGAUGAUCUGGUUUCCUAAAAGCCAUUAACGCCUUGGAAUCCAUUCACGAUCCUUGCUUAUUACCUGCUGGGAACUGCAGCGUCCUUAAUGUGCCCUUGCUGUACUUAUUAGGCUGCAUUUUUCUGUAAAGGAGAGCUACUCUUUAUUUUUGAGCUCUCUGUGGAUUCUCUUUUUUAGUGCAUUAUAUAUAAUCCGUUAAUGCCUCAUUUCUGGUGUUUAAAUCGUCCCCAAUUUUGGCCAGUGGGAGUCUCUUCACUUGUCCUUUUAUUGUGGUCCCAUUUGACUUGGAGCAUGUCCUUGCUUUCUAGAACCACAAAAUGCCUCAGAUCCACAUUUGGACUUUGCUUUCUCCGAGGGGUUCUGGUUUCCUUUUGGUGUGGGCAACAGUAUUUAGAAGCCAAGGUCUGGUCUGGGUGCUAAAUGCACUCACCGCCACUGGGGGGUCAUUGCUCUUAGGUUCUUUCAUUGCCCCAGAUACACAUAAAUCUUAGGAGUUCAGAGCAUCUCUGCUUUUCAGAAGCUUUAUAGGUAAUUCUGGUGGAGAGCGAACAUUGAAGACCACUGGCGUAGGCCCACGCAAAGUCUACAAUUUACUGUAGACUUAUUUUGAAAAGAUCUUAAAUUUUCCGCACCCCCUUUCCCCCAUUCUCUCUACCUCAGAGGGAACGGGCUUCGGAAGACCUGGGUUGUGCUUCUGUUUCUGCCGUUGACUGUAGCUGAGCGGGUGGACUGACCCACCUGUGUGGGGGGGUGGGGGGGGCAGGUGAGCACGGUCCUGCCAGUAAAACGGCUGGAAGCCGUGAAGGGCUGGACAUGAGUUAGAGAAGGUUUCUAAUGAAGCACCUUCGUUUGGCUCUGGACAGUGUGUUCAAGCCCUCGGGAGAGCGCUUGCUAUCCUUGGAAAGACCAUAAAACAGGAUCUUUAAUGAACUCCGUGUGAUGUUGCUGAGGGGGGAGGAGGGCUCAAGGGGCACGUUGCCCAUUUUACAGAUGGAGAGCCAGACCCAAGAAGAGUCAAGUGACCCGUCCGGCCCCUGUUGCAAGCCACUAGUCGAGCAUGGGAUGGAAUAUUGUGCAGCUCUAGGCUCAUGGCCUUCUGUGCUUUGGGCUCUUGAAUGUUGACUCAGAGGAUGGGAAGGGAUUGAACAGGGAAGAGGAAAGGAAAAAACAAACCCCAAACCCCUCCAAGGUGUUAUUAAAGACCAGAACUCAGUUCAGUUUAUUGAAUCCGUGCAUGUAGUCCGCCUCUGGAGGGAUGGUCAGGGCCAUGCCGACCGACCGAAAUUUAGGAUCCAGGCUGGCCGGUGCUCCCAGCAGCCCCUCUGGAUGCAGAGUGGAAGAAGGGAUUAGCCUAUCGCACAGCUGUCUGCGCCGGCCCCUCCUGGGGGCUCAGGGGGCCCUGGGCGCAUCACUAAGCGCGGAGGAGCAGGGCCUCCGCUUGCCCCCGUCUCCCUCUUCUCCGGGGAAGGCGGUGGGGCGCAGUCAGCACGGAGCCCUUCCGCUUUGUAUGGAAAGACUCGAACGCGGCGCUGUGCCAGUGGGUCUCUGUGCGCGUCUCAGAGCUAAUGGAAGCUUGGCAAGUGUUUGUUGAACACAGGGGAGAAUAUUGCAGCUGCAAAACGUCGAGUAGGAAUUCAGAUUUUCUUGGCUGCUGAGAGCAGAGACUGGUGGCAACCUUGCUGGUUGGCGGCCACUAUAACCCUGCAGGGAGAAGAUUUCCCUUUGGUACCGUUGAGUCUGGAACUGUCAAAUGUCUUAGAAAUCAGGGAAGCCCGAAGCGAUACCGUCAUGAGCAGUGUUCGCUGCCCCGUGUUAGGUAAAGCCAGCGCGGCCGGCAAGAUGCCUGCUUGCACUCUGCUUAGGCCUGUCUUUUUUUUUUUAAUGUUUAUUUAUUUUUGAGACAGAGAGAGACAGAGUGCAAGUGGGGGAGGGGCAGAGAGAGAGGGAGACACAGAAUCUGAAACAGGCUCCAGGCUCUGAGCUGUCAGCACAGAGCCCGACGCGGGGCUUGAACCCACGAACCGUGAGAUCAUGACCUGAGCCGAAAUCGGGCGCUCAACCGACUGAGCCACCCAGGCGCCCCUGCUUAGGCCUGUCUUAAAGCCCCUUGGCCCAGUUCUUCCCCCUCCCAGGCCUGCGUGACGCAGGAGGGGCUGUGUCUUGUUCCUUCCUUUGAGCUGACUGUGUGAGGGGGAAGGCAUCGGCCACAAGACUGGGGUUCGAGAGCAGGACAGGAGGCGUGCUUCGGCCCGACGAUAAAAACACCCACGGCAGGUGCCAGCUGCCUCAGCAGGUUGAGAAAUCAUCUUUAUUUAAGAACUGCCUGCUACCAGAGUCAAUAAAUAACUACCAUUACAAGAAGUACAAGAGAGACAAACGAUAGGCCAGUGGAAGUGGUUCCAUUUCGACAAAAUCGGGGUCAAGUCAGGGGUCCGAAGAAGCCCCAGCCCUCGCCCGGCUGUGAGACUAAGCUAUGCAGGCCCUGGAUGGGGCUGGGUAAGUUGGAGUCUAGGGGCCAAGGCAGGGUGCACCCCAGCUAAGGACACUCGGCUUCCUGGGCCUCGGGGCAAAGUUAUCU